AUGGAAAACACCACCGAGUCCUAUUGUAAGACGACAAGAGCGUGGGAACAUUUGGAGGAGGAGAGAUUGAUGGGUUUUCGUGUAUUCACACGUGGGAUUUGGUAUGCGUUGACAAUCUUCUCAUGCUUUGGCCUGUUGAUAUAUGGAAAACAAGUUUUGUUUUCUCCCAUCAGAUUCGGCGUCACGACCUUCUUCGCCGUGAUGCUACUCAGGUGUUUGUUCUUCGUCGAAAACCCGAGCCCGACCGAUGGGGUUCUAAAGCAUAUCAGAUUUGUGACCUCUUUGAUCAUAUUGCCAUUCAUGUUUUAUGUUCCUUUCUAUUACCCUACCACAGAAGUUCUCGUUACGAUCUUUUCGUUGCUUGCGGGAGGAGUCUCAAUCUAUCAACUCUCUUGGACGAUGGACAUUGGACAUGGUCUUCUCCUUCUCUUUGGUGCCCUUGUGCCUUUGCUUUGUUGUAUGUCUCCUGGGGGACAAGAUAGCAAUUUGCACCAAGUGCUUCACAUAUGCAUCCAUGUAUCUCCUCAUCAGAGGAGAGGGUGUUUGGUUGAAAAGCAUAUUGCUCAUUUUACGCACAUAGAAGCUUUCCCCAGAUCCUCAUUUCAAGUAGGCGCUAUGAUCUUUUUCUUCCUCUGUGACGAGCCUCUGAAAUCCAUAACUAGCGCCUACAUACCAACAAUCUGUAUAGCUUCUUAUGUUCACCUGUUGAUUCUUCUGGCAAUUCUCAGAUUGAAGAAUAACUUUGGAGUCUGCGAUCGAUUAUUAGCGGCUAGCUUCGCUCUCCUCUAUCCGCUAGCUACAACUUGGUUGGCUAAACUCGCUCUCUUCAUCGGUGGAGUGAUAUUCACCGGCCUCAAAAAUCUCCAGUUCCGGGAGAUCGCAAACCCUAGUCCCAACCCCAAUCCGGCGAUCCCAUAA